CAUUUCACAUAAAUGUCAAAAUUGGCUUGACAAACAAAAAUCCAAGCUGCGUUUAUUUUAUUUCAAAAUAAACUUUAUAUACAGUAAAAAUGGCUGAAAAACCACCAGAGGAAGGUUACAUAUCGGUUGUGGACGAAGAGCCUGAGAUUUUCGAGUUACUAAAAUGGGAUUCGUCACAACAUACACAGAAACCGGAACAGAUACCGCGGCCUAUUCCUAUUGAAAAGCCAAAGAGUCCUGAGAAAAGAGUUCCGAAGCCUGCGGAUUGUGACCCUUUCGAUCUAAACGAACCUUCUUUCAUAGAAACUUAUAGAUUAUCUAAAGAUUUGGCGCGAAACUUGUGUGAGGAAUUGAAACCAGUGAUGCCUGAUUCUACAAAAUCCAUUGAAUUUUCUGUUGAAAGUAAAGUAAUGGCAGCUCUAGCAUUUUAUGCAACGGGUAAAUAUCAGAAGUCAAUAGGGGGUAAGAGUGACCCAAGUAUUACGCAGUACUUUGUGGGAACCGCAGUGCUACAGGUCACGGAGGCUAUGAACCAUCCCUCCAUAGUUAAGAAAUACAUACAUUUUCCACAUUUGAGACAGGAGCGGGAUAUUAUUAAGGCCAGGUUCUACAUGAAAUAUGGUAUUCCUAAUGUGAUAGGCAGUAUCGAGUGCACACACGUGCCCAUGGCGCGGCCUGAAGAUGACCAGAAGAUCCACUUCAACAAGUCUUAUCAUUCCAAGAAGGUGCAAGUUAUCUGUGAUAGUGACCUGACAAUAAUAAGCGUGGACGCGACGGCGGGCGGCUCGUACUCGCACGACAGCGUGCUCAACAGACACGCCGUCAGGGUCGACCUCGACUCGCUGAACAACUCCGGGGAACCGUGCUGGCUUAUUGGAGGCCCAUACUAUACGCAGAAGCAGUACAUAAUGACACCUAUACCGAAAAUAACAAAGAAAUCUCCCGUAUCGCCGGAGAAGUACUACACCAACGUACACGCACAGGCACACAGCGCGGUCACUGACACGAUAAAACAAUUAAAAAGCAGGUGGAAAUGUCUUCAAGCUAAUUGCAACAAGCAGUUUGACCCCCCCACAGUCGCCAUGAUGAUCGUAGCCUGUUGCAUUCUCCAUAAUAUAUGCAACCGACGCGGUAUACCUCCAGUGCCUAUGACUCAGACUGAAGAACGAUUAGAAGCCAUGAAACAGAAGGUAGCCAACGGUCCUAUACCUAGGAAGCAAGUUGAGCACGCUAACGGUAUUCAGGCGCGUGCGGCUUUGGUAGAAAGAUUGUGGAAUGAGCGUCGUAUUGUGCCGGAAUGCGGGGCUCCUAAGAAGAGGAUGUCGAAGAAGGAUAGGAUAAUGGAGAAUCAUCAGCCUCCGCAGCCACCGCCGCAGCAGCAUCACCAUCAGCAGCAGAUGCACCAGCCACACCACGAAGACAUGAGUAAGAGGCCUCGCAUCAUUCCAAUGACCACUCCUACGUAUAGUUUAGGCAUGCCUCCUGGUUGGGGUCAUUACCCUCAACACUGAUGCAGUAUGUCAGUGCACAGUCUUCCAUGGUACGCAAAGCGUCAUAUAAACUGUAUUUAACUCCAAUGGACGCCAAAUCCCGCAUCGGGAUCGAAUAUUCCUAUUUUGGUUACUGAAAUUUAAUGAGAUUGGGUUGUCUAUUGAGCUUAUUUUGGAGAUUAUUAAGACACGUUCUCGGUCGCAGCUAUGGUUUUUUAAUUAAAUAAUAAUUUUAUUUUGCUGCAUUACAUUGCAAAUAAUUAUUGAAAUUCUCAGUUGGUAGAAUGGUUCCUCAGUAAAAAAAUAUCUCGACAUUUUAUAUUUAUUAUAAAAUCCUAAUUGAUUAUUUGGGUAUAAUUAAUACCCAAUUUUUAUUUUAUAUAAGACAAAUAAUUAUGUAAGUUAACGUUAAAACGAUGACGUCAUUGGUCAAUUACGCACAAUCAUUGUAUAAGAAUUGUUUUUAAAAUAAUUUUUUUCUAAUAUGUAUAUUGAAUGAGAUUAUGGCUUAAUUAGACUCUUUUAAUGAUAUAUGAAUUAUGUGGUGCAGUAAGUAAUUACAUUUUGUCAAACAUCUGACACAAUAUACCUAGUAUUAAUUCCUUUGUAUAUUUUUAUAAUUUAUCUUAAAUGCAUAGUUUUAACCAAUUAUAUAUUGUAGUAAUUAUAUAAUAAUCAAAAGUUUCGUUUUAAAUCUUUUGACAUGUAUCAAUAAUAAUUAUGUUCACACUAUUUAUUUAAUUCUUAUAAUUGGUUUACCACAAUUCGGAUGAGAUAUUACGUAGAAUUUAGUGCAUUAUGUUUAAAACGCAAUGUAUUUUUACUAUCCUCGAUAAUGUAUGGUUUUUAUAAGCUAAGUAUUUGUAUUUUUUAAAAGACAAUCUUAUAAGUACUAGUCGAAUUUCUUGCCCAGUAUCAGUGCUGAACUGUACACAAAGUCUUCCAUCGCGUCUCGCAAUGCUGCUCAUGAUUAUGAGUCCCUAGCGUGGCUUGAAACUAGUCGAGUUACCUCGUCCAGGUGGUUGAGUAAGAAUACUCUUCCAUUUCACUGGUGCCAAACAAGCUUCAAUUAUAAAUCGAAUCAUUUCCAUGCUUGCAUAACCUCACCUGUCUCCGAUGGGGGUAGGCAGAGACAAUAAAACACCAAAUCAUUUAUUAAAUUUAGAUUAAAAAAAUAUAGUUUUGAAUGACAAGCAAAAUACAAAAUAUCUGUCAAUAUUUUGAUAGAAAAAGGGGCGUAUUUAUAGUACAGGUACUGCAGACUGGUAGAAAAUUUGACUAGUAUGUCCUUGAAUACUGUAAAAUGUAGAUGUAAGGAGAAUUGGAAUCUCGAACGCCUAUAUUGUUAGUGUGUAAAGACAAAUACAUGCUCUGUAUAUAAA